AUGUUUUCUGGGGUUUUGCGAGCACAUACUACUGCAAGUAGAGUCACUAGUAAGGCUGUUUUUCAGUAUUCUUCUUUGAAUGGAGGGAAAUUCGUCGGAUGCAACUUGCAACGUGGAUUUCAUGGUUGGGGAAAUGUGCCCAUGGGUCCUCCUGAUCCAAUUUUUGGUAUUUCAGAAGCUUUCAAAAAGGACGAUUUUCCAAAGAAAAUCAACUUGGGCGUCGGUGCCUAUAGAGAUGACACGGGAAAGCCAUACAUCUUGCCCAGCGUCCAGACUGCGGAAGUUGAAUUAUUGAAACAAGACCUUGAUAAAGAAUACUUGCCUAUGACAGGAGAUGCAGGCUUUCGUACGGAAGCUACACGCAUGGCUUACGGCGACGUUUACGAUAGCAUUCGUGAUCGGUUGGUUUCAGCACAAUCUGUUAGCGGAACAGGCGCAUUAUUACUUUCUUCUCGAUUUUUGUCGAAAUAUUAUCCUUCUAAAGACAUUUAUGUAUCCAACCCUACUUGGGGAAAUCACAAAAAUGUUUUUAGCAAUGCUGGCUUAAAUAUCAAGGAAUAUCGCUAUUACAACCCAGUAACAAAAGGCCUUGAUAUUGAAGCCCCAAACGAUUCCAUUGUCCUUUUGCAUGCUUGUGCUCAUAAUCCCACUGGUGUGGAUCCCACGCAUGCUCAGUGGAACGAUAUCCUCCGUGUCGUUCGCGAGAAAGGACAUUUUGUAUUACUGGACAUGGCCUACCAAGGCUUUGCUAGCGGUGACUUUGCACGUGACACUUAUGCUACCCAAUUGUUUGCUUCAAAUAAUAUCCCGAUGUUUUUGUGUCAGUCUUUUGCCAAAAACAUGGGUCUUUAUGGUGAACGCGUAGGAUGUUUUAGUGCCUUGACUGCCUCUCCGGAGGAAGCCGCCAGAUUCGAGAGUCAACUUAAAAUCUUGGUCCGUGCCUCCUACUCCAACCCUCCAGUCCAUGGAGCCCGAAUUGCCAAUUUCAUUUUGAAGAAUAAGAACCUUCGUUCACAAUGGGCUAACGAGGUUAAAGGCAUGGCUGGCCGCAUUAUUUCCAUGCGUCAAGCCUUACGUACCAUUUUGGAAAAUGAUCUUAACAGCAAACACAGCUGGAAGCAUAUUACUGACCAAAUCGGUAUGUUCUGUUACACUGGUUUGAAUCCCGAGCAAGUCGCCACCUUGAGCAAGGACUGGCAUAUCUAUUUGACCAAGAAUGGCCGAAUUAGCAUUGCUGGUAUCAACUCUUCCAACGUUCGCUACCUUGCCGAGGCUAUUCAUUCCGUUACCUCUCAUUAA